AUGCUGCUACCGGACAAUGCCCACAUACAGGCCUUUGCCGACGACGUGCUUCUCAUAGUCGAGGGAAAGUCGAGAGAGGAGGUAGAGCGCACUACCAACACCUGUCUUCGUGAGAUAUACUCUUGGGGAGAUAGAGUAAAACUGCGAUUUGCACCGGAAAAGACACAAUGCAUAUCAUUCACAACACAAACCCUAACAGCUGAAAUAGAAAUGAACAAUGUCCGUAUACCUCUAACAACCCAAAUUAAACUUCUUGGCGUAAUCAUUGACAAUAAACUAAACUUCAUCCAACAUUCUAAAUACAUUAUAGGAAAAGCUACGAAAAUAUUCAAAAAUUUGUGCAAAUUUGUUAGACCCACUUGGGGAAUACAUCCGGAAAAUGUAGAAUGCAUAUAUAGGCAAGUGAUAACACCCAUAAUAACUUAUGCGGCGGGAAUCUGGGGAACGGCCACAAGGUUCUGUUCGGUUCGCAGAGCCCUCCGUUCGUUCCAAAGAGCGUUUGCUAUUAGGGCGAUUCGAGGAUUCCACACGAUUUCCGCCGUCGCCGCGGAUGCGCUCGCGCGGUUCCCGCCGCUACACCUUGUGGUGGAGGAGGCGCGCGAGACACACCUUAUCAAACAAUCUGGCACGUUGGGCUCCCUCCCUGAGGACAUUGGUCUGUACAGACGCGUCGGGAUCAGGGACCUCCUGCACCCAGCCAAGCGGGUCACUAUAGACUACGAUACGGCGACCACGCAGGAGGAAACUGAUUACCUGAUGAACCCGGAGGCACCCAAUGUCUUCACGGAUGGGAGCAAACACGAAAACGGUGAUACGGGGUCGGCAUUUGUCGUCAUCAUGGAGGGACUGCCGGGGGGAUCCGUGACCAGAAAAUUCAAACUGUGUCGAACCUCAACAGUAUUUAUGGCCGAACUAUACGCUAUAGCCCAAGCCUUGGAGUGGCUUCGCGCUCGGAACCACUCCUUGGCAAAAAUAUUCACAGAUUCUCUCUCCGCUCUAAAGGCUAUCCAGGACCGUAGCAACACAGACCACCUUGUGAAUCGCAUUCACAGGGACCUGUUCUUGCUGCGGUCCAGGAACCAGAUGGUGGACUUCGUGUGGACGAAGGCUCACGUCGGGAUAGUGGGAAACGAGAUCGCGGACGCGGCAGCCAAAGCGGCGGCCUCCAAAAAGACCGCGUCCGAGGUCAAUUUCUUCCCAUUAUCCCACGCCAAGCGACUCCUGAAAGCGAAAACGCUACAGGCUUGGCAGGCGGAGUACCAGUCGACCACACAGGGAGCCACCACCAAAACCUUCUUCCCGCUAAUCUGUCACAUCCCUUCCGCUCUAAGCGCCUUCAAAAUUUCCUUCUCUCUCACUCAGAUUCUAACUGGCCACGGAUUCCACAAAGCUUACCUCUCCAAAUUUAAAAUCAUCGAUGACGACAAAUGCCCUUGCGAUGGCACUACAGCCCAAGAUAUACCACACCUUCUAAGAGAGUGCCCUAUAUUUGGCAAGACACGCCAUGACUACGUCACGGCGUGUCUACGCAAUAAAAUCGACGAAUUUGACCUGAUCCAGACCUCAAGCAAAGAGGAAACGACAACGACAUUUUUGAAAUUGGUAGACAACAUCGUCUACAGCCUCAAAACCAUCAAUGGGACAUAA